CUCCCGAUUCUUGAGCAAUUGGGACGAGGCGGGCGUCCGUUCGCUACUCCUACGAAGAAGAUCAACGACGGCCACGACCUCACCUUGUUCCUGAACUCGGUGGCAUACCGGGAUCUAACAGCAUGGCUACUCCAGCUUAACCGAGCAAUGUUUCCCAUGAAGCUUUCAAACGGAGACAUUCAGACCGUAACGCUCGAUAACCCGCCAGCUUAUUCCACCGCCAUCGAUGGCUUGCGAGCCAUGCUUGAUGGGUUUGCGGCGCUAAUUGAACAAGCUCCUCCAAGUACGGGUCCGAGACGUUUUGGUAACGUAGCAUUCCGGGAUUGGUACAGUCUGGCCGAUCAGAAAGCAAACGGCCUACUUCGAGCGCAUCUUGGCCAUUUGCUCGCAGGUCGUCUUAGUGGAGACGAGCCGUCGCUAAACGCUCGAUUCGAUGAGGACGUUGAUGCUCUGCUUGGCGAACUGAAAACAUAUCUGCUUGGCAGCUUCGGUAGCCCGCAGCGCCUCGACUAUGGUACUGGCCACGAACUCAGCUUCUUAGCCUUCCUAGGCUGCCUGUAUAAACUUGGCGUAUUUCAAGUUGGUGAAGAACGAGCCAUCGUCAUAGGCGUCAUACAGCCAUACCUGAGUCUGGUCCGAAAGCUCAUCCUGACCUACACCCUCGAGCCGGCAGGCUCACACGGCGUCUGGGGUCUGGACGACCAUAGCUUCGUUCCCUACAUCUUCGGCUCGGCGCAACUGGGGCCCGCCAUCAACCAUUCCGAUUACACCCAACCCGUGCCAACAGAAGGCUCCCUUGAUUCCGCUCCCUCACCGUCUAGCGUCACGAACAAGGCUGUCGUAUCAGAAUACAAGGACAGCAACAUGUACUUCUCAGCCAUCCAGUUCAUCUACGAUGUGAAGAAGGGACCUUUCUGGGAGCAUUCGCCGAUCCUGUACGACAUCAGCGGUCUCAAAGACGGCUGGGCAAAGAUUAACAAAGGUAUGCUCAAAAUGUACGCUGCUGAAGUGCUGGGUAAGUUUCCAGUUGUGCAGCAUUUUCCGUUUGGCAGCUUCUUCCGGCUGGAGGCGGACCCGGAUGCGGUGGGAUCGGUACAGAGUGUGCACGCGCAACAGCAGCCCAUGUCGGCGCCCGCGUCGAAAGAUGUGCGAGUGGGUAAUAGCUCGCAGUCUUACGGUGGCGGAGUGCCAUCCACGAGAGCGCCGUGGGCAACAGGUAAC